CCCGGCAGCCCCCGCUCGCGCCUGCGCCUCACGAAGGCGGGAAAGCCCCGGCCCGUUGGGCGCCGACCAAUGCGGCGAGGACAAGUCUGAGGAGGGAGGCCCGGGGCAGCGCAAGAUGGCGGCGGCGCAGGCGGCCCAGGGCUCACGGGCAGGGCUGGGCAAGAAUGGGCUGCUGGAGAAGUGGAAGAUCGACGACAAACCCGUCAAAAUCGACAAGUGGGAUGGCUCCGCUGUGAAGAACUCCCUGGAUGAUUCGGCCAAAAAGAUCCUUCUGGAGAAGUACAAGUACGUGGAGAACUUCUGUCUGAUCGACGGCCGCCUCAUCAUCUGCACAAUCUCCUGCCUCUUUGCCAUGGUGGCUUUGGUUUGGGAUUAUCUUCACCCCUUCCCGGAGUCCAAGCCGGUCCUGGCUUUCUGUGUCAUAUCCUAUUUUGUGAUGAUGGGAAUCCUGACCAUCUAUACCUCCUACAAGGAGAAGAGCAUCUUCCUCGUGGCCCACCGCAAAGAUCCAGCUGGCAUGGACCCCGACGACAUCUGGCAGCUCUCUUCCAGCCUCAAACGGUUCGAUGACAAAUACACCCUGAAGCUGACCUUUAUCAGUGGCAAAACCUGGCAGCAGCGGGAAGCGGAGUUCACCAAGUCCAUCGCCGCCUUCUUCGACGACAGUGGCAUGUUAGUAAUGGAGACUUACGAGCCCGAAAUCUCCAAGCUCCACGACAGCCUGGCCACGGAAAGGAAGAUCAAAUAGGCAUCCCGCCCCCCCCUCCUCGGCUGGGAUCGUGCUCCAUAAAAAUGAAUGAAACGGCACUCCCUCCCCCCCUUCCCAAAAGGAAAAAGGAGAAAAAAAAAAAAAAAGGGCCCCAAUAAAGCAAAGUAAGGAAUGUUAAUGUCUCUUGUUUUGUCCUGGCUGUCGGUUCUCUUCUGGAGAAGCUGGAUUUCCUCCGGGCGGGUCGGAGUUGUCCAUCUUGGCCCGUUGUUUUAGUGCUUUAAAGGCCCGCGUGGAUUCCCUCGGGGUUUUGGGAUCAGGUCAGGCCUCCGACCCGCCAAAAAAUCCGGGAAGAAGCUUCUGCCUGGAGCUGAAUAGACACCCUCCUUUAUACCUCCUCGCAACGCUUUUCUCUGAAAUAACUUUGUGCCCGAGCCCCGUCCGGGGAACCCUCUUUAAAUGUGGACGCUUUGCCCGUUUCAUCGUAUUCCCUGAAUCCCUUUUAUUUUUAGGACCAUUUCUGGUCGCUCCGCCCUGCAGAACCCUUAAAGUCCAUGUCGACGGGGGUCCCUCAAAGGCGGUUCCUCAAUUCCCGAAUUUAUUUGGAUGGGUUUUUUUUUUAAUUUUCUUGAAAAUAGACUCGAAAUGGGAGGUUGUGCUGUCCAUGUCGAGCUUUGAGCUCUGGGCCAGGAGAUAAAGUAAUAGCUUUUUGGUAGGCUCUGUAUGUUCUCCACGUUCUUCUCCCCGGGCGAAUUUCCACCGGUUUCUGUCCAGCGUGCCCCUCGUUAGCUGCCGUUUUCUACAUGAAUUUUUUUCAAUAAAAGCAUAGAAGUGA